AUGAGGUGGAAAUGUCAGGCGCUAAUAUUGCUAGCGGUGUACGCCUGCGCUUAUGCAACUGAGGAAACAUCUCCAAAGCAGCGACAGCGGACAGCGAAGCUCAUACGAAACUAUCCGGACUACGGACCCGUCACACAGCGCGUUCAGUCAUUGGAGAGUCCGAUGUACAAUUUCAUUGACCCUUAUGGUCCUGGAACGUAUGCAUUUGGCUAUGAAAUCGAGGAUCCAGCAAGCGGUAACGUACAGUUUCGCGAUGAAGAAAAGCUGAAGAAUGGUACUGUUCGUGGUUCGUAUGGUUAUAUGCAACCGGAUGGAUCGGUAAUAAUCACUAGUUUCGUGGCAGACGAGGGUGGUUAUAGGGCAAAAACGGAGAUAAAGCGCGCCAACGGGCAAACGGUAGCAUCCUUUCCAGCGCCGGCACCUUCUACUGGUCCAGGCUUGCAGGAUCGCUACUUUCCGGCGUAUGAUCAACAAGCCAGCACAAUAAAUCCAGCCAUUGCAGCUGCACUACAGCAGCAACACAUUAACCUCAAUCCCACGUACAACCCGGUACUAGAUCCUGGUGUUAUCGAUCCGCAGUAUGCAGCAGCAAUUAUGGGACACAUACGCGAUCAGCAGUACAGCCCUGGACAAGGUUUAGUACAGUAUCCGUACGGUAUACCAAAUGCACCGUUUGCACCACAUCCUCAUCAGCACCGUCCGCAGCACCCGCAGCAUGCACCACUGUACGAUGCACCACCGAACGGAUUUUCCAACUUUAUUGGCCAACUACCGGCCAAUCUAAAUCCGUACAAUUUGUACCAAAAUCUGCAGUCCUCUUUUCCUCAGGUUCUACCACAGCAGAACCCACUCGAUCAGCUAGCCAAUAGCAUUCAGGGCAGCUUUCCACAGCAAGGACCAGGAAAUGGGUUUGGAAAUUUCUUCAACGGUGCCCAAAACACAUUCCAACAGUUUGUGCCACAGGGUUUCGGUGGCUGGCUAGGCCAGAAUCGUGUGCCAAUUCCGGGCCAGCAACCAGGAUUUCUACCCGCAGCUUAUGGAUUUCAGCAACAGAUGCCCCACCAACAGAUUCUGACCUCAAACCGACCAACGAAUGUGCUCGGUGAUAUGCCUCUUAGUGGACCCGGCUCGAUGGGAUCGAUGAUGAUGAACGGACAGUAUGUACCGACUACGAGACGCCGAAAGAUAACUGGUACGACGAAGAAACGCAACAAGCUAAAGACACGUGAUGGUAUGGAUUGGUUUGACGAUUUCUUGGAGAACCGUAAGCGACAGGUGAUGUACAGUGGCGGAAGUGCUACAACACCGGAAACGGUCACAGAGAUAACAUUGAAGGAUGGUCUGGAUAGCGAAUGA